CGGAACCAAGCACCGCUCCCCAGCGGGUCAUCACCCUGCCCAACCCCCUCCAGCCCGUCUCUGGGAGUUGGGUCGCCAGCCCCGCCCGGAGCAAGGUUUCGAUUCUCGCAGCAACCCCAUCCGGCUACACUGCAGAGAGGGCCGCGGUUGCCACUGCAAAUGGAGAGCGGAGCAGCCGGCGCGCCGACACCGGCCCAGCCCAACGCGGCUUGCGGCUGGCGCUGCCCUGAGCACAGCGAACGCCUGGCUGAGCUCUUCUGUCACCGCUGCGGCCGUUGCGUGUGCACGCUGUGCCCGGUGCUGGGGGCCCACCGCGGCCACCCGGUGGGCCUGGCCCAGGAGGAGGCUGCGCGCGUGCAGAAACUCAUCCAGGACUGUGUAGAGUGUUUGGCAACCAAGAAGAAGCAGCAUGUUGACAGCAUAGCCCACUUAGAAGACACCGGGGAAAGGCUCAAGGCUUAUGCAGACUCAAGUAAAGAUUGGCUGACACAGAAGUUCACAGAACUCAGAUUACUCCUUGAUGAAGAGGAAGUACUAGCCAAAAAAUUCAUCGAUAAGAACACACAGCUCACCCUCCAGGUGUACAGGGAGCAAGCAGAGUCUUGCAGGAAGCAAAUUGAGGCCAUGGAUGAUUUCUCUACCAGGGUGUGGGUCAUCAGCCUGGAGCCCAACCCAGUCCAGCUGCUGCAGGCAUAUAUAGCCACUAAGUCAGAGAUGGGACAGCAGAUGAGGCCCUCGGAGCUGAGCCACCCAGUGCCCCUGUCCUUCGAGCCUGUCAAGAACUUCUUUAAGGAGUUUAUGGGAGCCAUCCAGGACACUUUACAGACACCAAUGGACACUCGCCUGAAGGAAAACAUAAACUGCCAGCUUUCCGGCUCCUCCAGCACCAAGCCAGGCACCCUGUGGAAAACCAGCUCUUCCCCAGAGAGAUCACUCUUCUUGAAAUACGCCCGCACGCCUACGCUGGACCCGGACACGAUGCACAGUCGCCUGCGUCUGUCGACGGACGGACUGACCGUCCGCUGCGCGCUGCUGGGCCGCCUGGGGCCGCGCCCCGCGCCACGAUUCGACGCCCUGCGUCAGGUGCUGGGCCGCGACGGCUUCGCAGCCGGACGCCACUACUGGGAGGUGGACGUGCAGGAGGCGGGCGUGGGCUGGUGGGUGGGCGCCGCCUACCCGUCCCUGCGGCGCCACGGGGCCUCCGCCGCCUCCCGCCUGGGCUGCAACCGCGAGUCGUGGUGCGUGAAGCGCUACGACCUGGAGUACUGGGCCUUCCACGACUGCCAGCGAAGCCGCCUGCAGCCCCGCCGCGACCCCCACCGGCUCGGCAUCUUCCUGGACUACGAAGCUGGCAUUCUGGCCUUCUACGACGUGGCGGGUGGCAUGAGCCAUUUGCACACCUUCCACGCAGCCUUCCAGGAGCCACUCUAUCCGGCCCUGCGCCUCUGGGAGGGGGCCAUCAGCAUCCCUCGGCUGCCCUAGGCUAGUCUACAGGCUCCGUCCAGGCAACCCCACGCUGCCUAUGUCUGCGACACCAUCAUGCAGCGCCUAUAACCUUCUGGCACACAGUAAAUUUCAGUGAAAGUUUCCUAACAGAGGCACCUUAAAGGUCCCCAUUUGAGCCAACUGCUCUCCAGCACUUCAGAUUGAUUAUCUGGGUCACCUCAAUCCAGAGCACUUGAAAGGUUUCUCGUCUCCUGCCCUGCAUCCUCUCCCAUCUUCAUCUUAUACACUAAAACCAGGGUGAGCAACCUGAAACUUAGCUCGGUCUCUUGAGAGGUACAAGAACAAAACAGGAAAGCCUUUCUCCUUAGCCUUCCCAGCCUGCUGCUCUUUGACGACCUACCCUCGUCCAGCUGCUGGCAGUCUUUUCAAACACGUCAGUCAGAAGCUAGUUCAGUUUUGCAUCCCCCCCCCCCCCCCCCC